AUGGCCGAAUUCUUGCCGGCUUUGGGUCUUUUUGGCGGCGGCGAUUCCAACAGCAAUACCAACACUGCAGAUGCCUCCUCCUCAGCUGAUUCGUCGAACCAAAACUCAGCUACCGGCGGCUCUGGAGGCUCUGGAGGCGCUGGAGGAACUGGAACUGGUGGCACUUCCAACGCAGCCGGGGGAGCUGGUGGAACUGGUGGCACUUCCAAUGCAGCUGGAGGAGCAGGUGGCACUUCCAAUGCCGCUGGAGGCCAGAGCAGCAGCAGCGGAAACUCCAUUGGGUCGGUCUCAGGGGGAACUACUACUGGCAACAGCGUCAGUGGUAUCACAAGCGACAGCUCAGGCGGCAACACCUCACUAGGCCCCGUCUCAGGCGGGGAUGCCGAAGGUGGAGAAGGCGGUGAUGCUCAAGGCGGAACUGCCAGCGUCGGGCCUAUCCAGGGUGGCAACACCAGCCUCGGAGGGGUUGAUGGUGGAAACGCGGACGUCAACGACGAGUUCAACCCGUCAUUCAACCCGACCAUCUCGGUCAACCUGGAAGGGCUUGGUUGCUACGGUGGGCAAGGGAUGAUGAACGAGCAACACAUGGGAAACUACGGCCAGCAAAACCCGUACGGUGGCGUCCAGCAGCAGCAGUACGGAGCGGUGCACCAGCAACAGCAGUACGGAGCGGUGCACCAGCAGUACGGUAGCGGCCAGCAGCAACCGUAUGGUGGAUCAGAGGAGUACGGCGAAGACGAGUAUGAGCACAACCCACAAGGGGAGGAAGAUGAAUAUGCCCAAAAUGGCGAGGAAGAAGAUUACUACGAUCCACACGGCGCCAGUGCAGUCUCCGCGGCUUCCGCAGUCCACCCCAGCAUGCAACCUGGACAAGAAGAAGGCGAAGGCGAGUACCCCUAUGGCUAUGACGGAGCGGAGGAAGAAGGGGAAGGAUAUGAGCCAUCCUAUGGACAGCAGCAGCCGGUGUACUAA